AUUAAGCUGCAACCGCCCAAGCACCGGUCGGUGGGGCUCCCGAUUGUCAGACAGCCUACCUAGCCAACGACGUUUGAGUCCCAAGGCGCUGACGUUCCGUUCCAUAUUGCCGAGCCCAGAGAGACCCGUGCGGCCCCGGUGAGUACUUUGGCCGCCACGCCAAAGCUGCUGCAAGUUGAGGUCACCAGACGGUUGGCGAGUGGAGGCCUUGCAAUAUGUUAGCCGUGAUGCGCCGGCAGCGCCGUGGCGCCGCUCCCAGCUGUGUGCUUCGUGCAAGGAUUGUGAGUCUGCCAACUGGACGCCGUAGCUAUUUUUUUCCAACCUGGAUUUCGGAAAGCAACCUCCUGUCUCAACGGCGCAAUUCAACAACCUCUUACCUACACAUCACUCCUCGCUCUCAAGACUCCUCCCUCAACGUUUUGACCAGCCCGUCGCAGCGCACAAGGUCAAAUCCAUCAUUUGGUUGCCCAGUGCGGUCUUUACGCGGCAUAUUUUGUUUGUGACCUCACCCUGCCUUGCGCUCUUUCCCAGCCAAAAAGCUGUUGACUCGAACCUCCCGCGUCUCUCUGCCGAACCCAGGCUCGUGCUGCACCCGAUCUACGAAUUCCCGCAGUAAACAACCGCAUACUCAUCCUAGCAUACGCACGUCGACAGUAUGGUGUACAGAGGUCUCCGCCUUGCGGCUCGCGCUGUUCCCAAAUUUGCGCUCUACAACAACAAUACAGCCCUGCGACAACUGCCCCUGCAGUUCCAACAUGUGCGGACAUAUGCCGACAAGAUCGUCAAGGUGCCGCAAAUGGCCGAGUCGAUCAGCGAGGGUACUCUGAAGCAGUGGAACAAGUCAGUUGGUGACUUUGUUGAGCAGGAUGAGGAGAUUGCGACCAUUGAGACCGACAAGAUUGAUGUUGCUGUCAAUGCUCCUGAGGCCGGUGUCAUCAAGGAGUUCCUCGCCAACGAGGAGGAUACCGUCGUUGUUGGCCAGGAUCUCGUGCGUAUCGAGCUUGGAGGUGCGCCGUCGGGCGACAAGCCUGCCGCUGAGCCCAAGGAAUCGGCUCCCGAAAAGAAGGCCGAGCCUGAGAAGGCUCCCGAGCCCAAGCAGGAGGAGAGCAAGUCUGCUGCCUCUGCCCCUGCCCCCCCUAAACAGGAGACACCAGAACCCAAGAGCAAGCCCGCUCCAGCGGCCGCCCCUGAGAAGCCCGUCACUCUGGGCAACCGCGAGGAGAAGAGGGUCAAGAUGAACCGGAUGCGUCUUCGCAUUGCCGAGCGCUUGAAGCAGUCUCAAAACACCGCCGCUUCUCUGACCACAUUCAACGAGGUCGACAUGUCAGCUCUGAUGGAAUUCCGCAACAAGUACAAAGAGGAGGUUCUCAAGAAGACUGGUGUCAAGCUUGGCUUCAUGAGCGCUUUCUCGCGUGCUGCCGUACUUGCCAUGCGCGAUAUUCCUGCCGUCAACGCCUCGAUUGAAGGUCCCAAUGGCGGUGAUACCAUCGUCUACAGGGACUACGUCGACAUCAGCGUUGCUGUUGCUACUGAGAAGGGUCUCGUUACCCCUGUUGUCCGCAACGCUGAGGCUAUGGAUCUUGUUGGCAUCGAGAGGUCCAUCGCUGAGCUGGGCAAGAAGGCUCGCGACGGCAAGCUCACUAUUGAGGACAUGGCUGGUGGUACCUUCACCAUCAGCAACGGUGGUGUCUUCGGUUCCCUCAUGGGCACCCCCAUCAUCAACCUUCCCCAAAGCGCCGUGCUUGGUCUUCAUGCCACUAAGGAGCGCCCAGUUGUCGUCAAUGGCAAGAUUGAGAUCCGUCCCAUGAUGUACCUGGCACUUACCUAUGACCAUCGUCUUCUUGACGGCAGAGAGGCCGUGCAGUUCUUGGUCAAGGUAAAAGAGUACAUUGAAGAUCCCCGUAAGAUGCUUUUGUAGAUGAGUAUCACUUGCAGGGGUAGCGUCAUUCACUGUUCCGGGUUGAAUGCGUAUGUAUAAUGUAAAUUAUCAAAGGGCCUUUUUCACUGGCAUGGUGCAUCAUGAGGCGUUUCCAAUUAGAUGGGCAUUUUAUGCAACUGGCAAUGCCUUCUCCUACAUGUGUACCUCUGGGCUGUUCUGAUCUGUCGGUAUAAGUCGUGGGUUGGUUUGACAAUGGGACAAGGCGUGUGUAUAUGUGUAUAAUAUGGCAGUACUUUUAGUUGUAUGCCUACACUGUGUAUAUGAGAACGGUAGAAUCAUAGCAUCAAAACGAGUGUUU